CAUGGAACCAACCAAACAAACCAGAUGAAAUAAAAGAAGAAUCUAUGUAAAUACGAAAAACACAACCUACGUGUCUCUUUUCCUAAAAAACCAUGCAACAGAGAGAUAGUAGGGCUCACAAUGGAUGAUUUUCUAAUGGCCAUCAUCUUUUCCUCUCUCUCAUCCAUCUCAAUGCGUUGCAUCGAGCUGGCAAUUCUUCGCAGAACUUGCGCAGUUCGACGAAUCCAGGUUUACCAUUCAAUGCUGGAGCAUAGCACAAUCCAUGUUCUUGUUUCCUUCUCGUAUUCUCAAAUUUUGGUUUUCCAGAACCUGUUUCGAUUCCCUUCACUUUACCUCCGUUUUUCUGCUAAGAAGGGAGGACAAGGGGUUUCAAUUCUCUUGCCAUUCUGAGAAUACACGCACAUAUUGUAUAUAUAUAGAUAGAUAAUAAGAUGAGUACAGAAAAAACCGACGUCAACGAUGGUUCUUCUUCUCCAUCACCUAAGAAAGAUAAAACCAAACAAAAUAUUCAUCAAGACAAGGAUUCACCUCCAUCAACAAACUCUUCUGAUUCAUAUUCAGUUUCUCCUGAUUCAGAUUCUCCGGAUUCAGAUUCUCCGGAUUCCAAAGAUUCUCCGGAUGCGAAAGAUUCUCCGGAUUCGAAAGAUUCCCCGAAUUCAGAUUCUCCGGAUUCCAAAGAUUCUCCGGAUUCCAAAGAUUCUCCGGAUUCCAAAGAUUCUCCGAAUUCAGAUUCUCCGAAUUCAGAUUCUCCGAGUUCAGAUUCUCCGAAUUCAGAUUCUCCGGAUUCGGAUUCUCCAAAGAGUCAUCCGUCUAAGUCACCACCGUCUCCGCCACCUCCAUCCAAAACUUCAUCCCCAUCUUCAUCGCCUUCGCCGUCAUCUAAAGGUUUAAGUCCAUCACCACCAUCACCGUCAUCUAAAGAUUCAAGUCCAUCACAACCACGACCGUCAUCUGAAGAUUCAAAUCCAUCAUCACAAUCUCAGUCAUCUAAAGAUUCAAGUCCAUCUCCGCCCCUUCAAUUGUUAGCAUCGCCUCCACCACCCUCGCCAUCGCCCUCUUCACCACCACCAAGUUCGCCUCCACAUUCCCCGCCACCCCCUUCGCGCCAACAGUCACCCCCACCACCUCCGCGUCCGCGUUCCUUGCCAUCCCCUUUGCCCCAACCUUCCCUGCCACCCCCUUCGCCCCAACCUUCCCUGCCACCCCCUUCGCCCCAACCUUCCCCGCCUCCCCCAUUGCUCCCACCUUGGUCACCGCCACCAAAUCGACUGCCAGAGCAAAAUGACAAUUCUUCCCCGCCACCACCAUCAACACAGUUCCAUGCUCCACCUCCCCUUUCUUGGCAAACUGCAGUCAUGAAUGAUUCAAAAGGGGGAACUUCUAGGAAUUCAAAUUCAACAGGAUCAAGCCCCCCGAUCAAUCAUGACGUUAGUUCCGAAGCAAACUCAACGGUUUCUUCUCUCGCCCCCUCUUCCAGUGAUAAUUCAGAAAAAUAUGUUGCCUAUACAGUCGCCGGACUUUUAGCUGUUGCCUUGGUUGCUAUAGCUGUAGCUAUUGCUUUGGCGUUUAAGAGGAAGAAAUCGAGUGAUGAUUCUAACGGUGCACCCUACAUGCCGCCCCUUGAUAUUCAAGUCAAAUCAGGUGCUAAUGGGCAUUACUAUGUACAGCAGCCUUCCCUUGCAAACAACUAUUCAAAUGGGAAUGCGAAAGUGAACCAUUUUGGAUCUUCUUUAGACUUGGCUCAGCCCACAAAUGGUCCCAUGAUUUUCACCUAUGACAUGGUUAUGGAAAUAACAAACGCAUUUUCUAGUAAAAAUGUUAUAGGGGAAGGAGGCUUUGGAUGUGUUUACAAAGGUUGCCUGCCAGAUGGAAAAAUAGUUGCAGUAAAGCAGCUUAGGGCUGGCAGUGGGCAGGGAGAAAGGGAAUUCAAGGCUGAAGUGGAUAUCAUUAGCCGAGUACAUCAUCGAUAUUUGGUGUCAUUAGUUGGUUAUUGCGUGUCUGAACAGCAAAGAAUUCUUAUCUAUCAAUAUGUUCCUAAUGGAACACUCCAUCAUCACUUGCAUGGAAGUGGAAUGCCAGUGUUGGAUUGGGUCAAAAGGCUAAAGAUUGCAAUAGGCGCUGCUAAGGGCCUUGCAUAUCUUCACGAGGACUGCAGCCAAAAGAUAAUUCACCGAGAUAUUAAGUCAGCAAACAUACUCUUGGAUGAUGCUUUUGAGGCAAAGGUUGCAGAUUUUGGACUUGCUAGGCUAGCUGAUGCUGCCAAUAGCCACGUAUCAACUAGGGUUAUGGGGACCUUUGGGUACAUGGCUCCAGAAUAUGCAACAAGUGGAAAAUUAACCGACAGAUCAGAUGUUUACUCAUUUGGGGUUGUCCUCCUUGAGCUUGUUACAGGAAGGAAACCCGUUGAUCAAACUCGGCCAAUUGGAGAUGAGAGUUUGGUUGAGUGGGCUCGUCCACUUCUCCUUCGUGCAAUGGAGACACGUAAUUUUAGUGAAUUAGUAGAUCCAAGACUUGAAAAACGCUUUGUGGAGAGUGAAAUGUCCAGAAUGGUUGAGGCAGCUGCAGCUUGUGUUCGCCACUCAGCUCCUAAACGGCCUCGUAUGUUUCAGGUGGUAAGAGCCUUGGAUACUGGAGACGAAAAAUGUGAUCUUUCUAAUGGGGUGAAAUAUGGUCAGAGCACAGUUUAUGAUUCUGGCCAAUAUGAUAAAGAUAUAAUGGUAUUCAGAAGAAUGGCGAAUGGCACCUUUUUUGAUUCUGAUUUUAACACGUAUAAUAGUGAAUAUAGUCUUUCAAAACAGACGUCGGGAGGAUCCGAGCAAAACUUGAUGCAGCUUAGUUCUAGUGACGAAUCAGACUCUACAGCUAUCAACUGGAAUAUGAACAGUCCUGAAAUAAAACGGUGAUUGAGGAAAGUACACAUAGCAGUGCAGUGAUGAAUAAUGAGCAUUGACAUUGUGGAGUUAAAGGCUGCUGCUUUUAAGUCAAUUCAAUACCAAAUUCACAUUGCAUGAUCAUCAUACCACAAGCCGUGAAUGUUUCUGGUUUUACACGAAUUUGAACUUUGGCCUGUUUCCAAUCCUGUAUAUAUUGAAGCUUCACUAAACCCUUUUCUCUGUCUAAUUUUUGCUCUAUUUUGUUUCCCCUUUCUUUAAUAUGGGGGGAUGUUGGCAGCGUGUAAAAGGAUAAGGAUGUUGGCAGCUUGUAAAAAGAUAAGUUUGUUAAGGUCAUCUUUUUAAUAAUAAUUAUCAGUAGAUGUGUUUCUUA